AUGUCCAACAUCAGCUCCAUCACCCAGUUCCUCCUCCUGGCAUUCGCCGACACACGGGAGCUGCAGCUCUUGCACUUCUGGCUCUUCCUGGGCAUCUACCUGGCUGCCCUCCUGGGAAAUGGCCUCGUCAUCCCCGCUGUAGCCUGCAACCACCGCCUCCACACCCCCAUGUACUUCUUCCUCCUCAAUCUCUCCCUCAUCGACCUGGGCUCCCUCUCCAAUACUGUCCCCAAAUCCAUGGCCAAUUCCCUCUGGGACACCAGGGCCAUUUCUUACACAGGAUGUGCUGCUCAAGUCUUUCUGUUUGUAUUUUUAAUGGCAACAGAAUUUUAUCUUCUCACCAUCAUGGCCUAUGACCGCUAUGUUGCCAUCUGCAAACCCCUGCACUAUGGGACCCUCCUGGGCAGCAGAGCUUGUGUCCACAUGGCAGCAGCUGCCUGGGGCAGUGGGUUCUUCUAUGCUGUGCUGCACACAGCUAAUACAUUUUCACUCCCCCUCUGCAAGGGCAACGCUGUGGACCAGUUCUUCUGUGAAAUCCCCCAGAUCCUCAAGCUCUGCUGCUCAGAGGCCUACCUCAGGGAGGUUGGGCUCAUUGUGGUCACUGUCUUCGUGGGUUUUGGCUGUUUUGUUUUCAUAGUGGUGUCCUAUGUGCAGAUCUUCAGGGCCGUGCUGAGGAUCCCCUCUCAGCAAGGACAACACAAAGCCUUUUCCAUGUGCCUCCCUCCCCUGGCCGUGGUCUCCCUGUUUGUCAUGCCUGCCAUGUUUGCCUACCUGAAGCCCCCCUCCAUCUCCUCCCCAUCCCUGGAUCUGCUGGUGGCUGUUCUGUACUCAGUGGUGCCUCCAGUAGUAAACCCCUUCAUCUACAGCAUGAGGAACCAGGAGCUCAAGGAUACCCUUUCGAAAAUCAUCCAAUGA